ACGCCCUGACGUAUAUGAACACGCAGUUAGCGUCACGACGCUGCGGUCGAUGCGUAAAGUUCCCGUCGUUGCUGUUUUUGUGAAGGAGCAGAAAAAGAGGUCUGGAUGGCUGGCUGUGGUGAAGUCGACCAUACAGUAAACAUGCUUCCUGCUAAUCGGAAGGUAAAUGAGGCCUGUUCAAACUCAACGCCUUCUCUGACAGUCCCAGAAUGUGCCAUAUGCUUACAAACAUGUGUUCACCCCGUCAGACUGCCUUGUAGACACAUCUUCUGCUAUCUUUGUGUGAAAGGAGCUUCGUGGCAAAGCAAACGGUGUGCCCUGUGUCGACAAGAAAUCCCAGAAGACUUUCUUGACAAGCCCACGCUGCUGUCCCCUGAGGAACUGAAAGCAGCAGGCAGAGGCAAUGGAGAGAACGCAUGGUACUACGAAGGCAGGAAUGGCUGGUGGCAGUAUGAUGAGCGCACUAGUAGAGAGCUGGAAGAUGCUUUUUCAAAGGGUAAAAAGACUACAGAAAUGCUCAUUGCAGGAUUUCUGUAUGUGGCAGACCUGGAGAACAUGGUUCAGUACAGAAGAAACGAGCAUGGUCGGCGGAGGAAAAUUAAACGAGACAUUGUAGAUAUUCCCAAGAAAGGUGUAGCCGGACUUCGGUUGGACACGGACUCCAACCCUGUAACAGUGGCUCGUGAAAAUUCAGCAGAUGGGGCAGAUACUACAGCAGUACAGGGGGCUACAGCUACAUCGACUCUGGUUGCCACUUCUGCAAGACCACCAACCUCUCUAGGUGGCCAGCUGACGAGUCCUUCACCUUCCCCUGAUGCCAGUAGCAGCUUGGAAAACUCUUUUGUCCAAUUACAGAUCGGUAAUCAAAGUGUGACCGACAGAGGAGAGGGAGAGGAGGUAGAUGAUGAUGUAGCUCUGUCUCAUGGAUCUUCUGCUCCAAACACAUCUGUUGAUGAGUCAGAGUCUGAAACUAGCAGUGAGGUAGAAGAGGAAGAGGAGGAGGUAGAUGAAGUGACUGGUGAUCAGGCUCAAUAUGCUUUGCAUACUAGACAAAGACUGCUCCAUCAUGAUAGACCAUCUCCUAGGGGUGAGCCUGGUAGCAGCAGUGUAAGAUCUAGGAGGCCUGAUGGACAGUGCACUGUAACUGAAGUUUAACUGUAAAUGUUUCAAAAAAACUUACUGGAAUAGUUGAUGAGAUUCUCGGCCAAUAUUGCACUCGGGAACGAGAACGUUUCUAUAACCUUUUUAUUUUGUUUUUGAAAUCUGAUGGGCACUCCCUUAAUUAAAAAAAAAAAAAAAAUGAAUAUAAAGCUAACUUUUGGAGGCCUCUUACAGAAGACCAUACAUUUAAUGAAUGACCUAGCUUGUAGCCAGUCAAAGUACGAAGUUAUGUGGAGAAUUUGUUUCUUUCAGCCAUCGGGCUAAGUGUUUCUUUCUAAAACAAAUCUUUAAUUCCCCCACCCAGCCCAGAUUAAUAUUCUGAAGUCUAAUUGGUGUAUUUCAUUAAAAAAGCAUAGUCUUUAGAUGUUAAAUUCAUGUGUAAUUGUAUUGUGCUUGUCUGUUUCAUUACUUGUGCAUGUGUCAUUGUAAGAGAAUACUAAACACUUUUGUCAAAAAGGAGAAAUGUUUAAGAGCAAGUUUGAAGAACUGUCAUUGAUGGCGUCUAUGAUCUAAUCAGCAAAGCGAUGUGUGCUAAGUGAUAACAUUAGUGGUAGUCUGUACAGCCUGCAUACCAGAAACAUAAGGGGAUGUCUUUUUUGCAUUUUGAAAUUUGUGUAACAAUUUUUCACAUUUCUUACAAAAAGUAUUGUUACAUGUCCCUUCCAUUCAAGUGUCUGUUUCUAUUCUAAAAAAAUGCUUUUUUUGGUUUGUUCUGUUUUUUGGUUGUAUUUGCUUUAAUGUAAUAUUUUGUUACAAAAUUUGUAAGUUAAAAAUAAAGUAUUUGUCAGCUUA